AUGUGCCGGGUGGAAUCACUUUUCGGGAUUAAGACGGUGAAAAUGACGAACGUGCGUAUCAUCUACCUUCCAGCCAACACAACCACCUUUGUGCAGCCCCUGGACCAGGGCCUUAUCGCAUGCUUCAAGAUGCGGUUCCGCCAGCUCAGGGUUGCAGAGCUGAUUAAGGUGUUCGACGAGGGUACCAGUGGCGCCGAACUCCGUCGCUCGAAACCAGGGGCUAGACUUACCGUGACGUGGAUUGGUGAUUCAGUGAAAUCUAUCGAUGCAAGCACUAUUCAAAGGUGCUUCUGGCGCACGGGAUGCCUUCCUGACCAGUGGCUGCCGCAGCUGGAACACGUGACCCCAACAACGAUGGGCUCACCUAGUGGAGUUUCGCAGGCCGUCAUUGCAGAUCUCUCAGACGCAAUUCAGCGUCUGCAGCUGGGCCAUAGGGCAAUGAGCCCUAUGGAGUUCGUGUGCUUUGACGAGCUGCAGCCAACGAGUGAGCUGAUGGAGCCGAAUUUGGAACUCGGAGUGGACUGCGAGAUGCUCAACUCAGAAUUGUCCUUCACCAUGCAGACCAUGACUGCAGAUGCUCUGCUUGACCGAAGUGAACGUCGUGUGGCGCGCCAAGCCACAGAAGUGCUCAUCACUUACGCUCGGGCGAAGGGCAUCCAGCCCCACGCCGCACUGGCAAGGGCAAGGGGGGCAAGGGAGCGGGUGGAGCCAGAGGGGGCGGUGGAGGAGGCGGUGGGGGUGGAGGGGGGAGUGGGGGUGGCGGGGGGGGUGGUGGCGGGAGUGGAGGUAGUAGUGGCGGCGGUGGAGGCGGAGGUGGCGGCGGAGGUGGUAGCGGAGGAGGCGGUGGGAGCGGUGGGAGCGACGGUCCUGGUGGGGGAGGUGGCGGUGGCGACGGGGGUGGCGGUGGAGGCGGGGGUGGCGGUGGAGGAGGGGGUCGGAGUGGCUCGUCCCAGCGGAGCAGCUCUGGGGGUGGGGAGAGGUGUGGAGGCGCCCACACAGCCCGUCGCUGCUUUGGCCGCCUGA